AUGGAUAGAAACCAAUACUGUGUGGAUGCCUUGCAAGAGAAGGAUGCAAAGAAGGAACUAGGUGUCCUCUGGCGUAGAGUUAAAACUGCUGCGACAUUAUUUACAUACUUGAAAUCGAAAGCCAGAAUCAUGGCUAUUCCCCAUAUGGCUCAUAUUGUUUGUGGUAUCAAACAAUUAGAUGGCACUGGCCUUGUCAAUGAAAAUGGUGUACCAUUGUCUGUCUCGUCGAGAAAUGUGGAUUUGUCUUCCUUUGACAGUCUUGAUGUGGAAACAUGGACUGCACUUGGCAGUCAUCAUGGUUCACUUGAUGAAGAUGAUGUAGUUUAUAUAAACGAAUCAUUCAAAAGUGUACAUAUGGUUGGAGAUGUGAUGGAAAGCCUUGUCAAGAGGGUUAUAGUGGCAGAAUCUGAAACUGCUAUUGAGAAGGAGAAGGUGACUGUAGGGCUGGAAGAAAUUAAAAGAAAGACCCUCCAAAUUGAAAAUAUGUUGUUAAAAUUAGAGGAGAUGGCGCAAUUGGCACUGGGCACUAAUUGUAUUCUAAAUGAAAUGCGACAGAGGGUUGAAGAUUUGGUUGAAGAAACAUCUAGACAAAGGGAAAGAGCUGCAGAAAAUGAACAGGAGCUCUGUCGUGUUAAGCAAGACUUUGAAUCUCUAAAAACCUAUGUCAGUGGUCUGAUUAAUGUAAGGGAAACACUUAUUUCAUCAGAAAAGCAAUUUCAGACAAUUGAGAGGCUCUUUGAAAGACUUGUCGUUAAGACGUCACAGUUGGAAAGUGAAAAGACACAGAAGGAAGUUGAGGUCCAAAAUCUUAUGGAGGAGAAUGUGAGGCUUACUGCUCUUCUUGACAAGAAAGAGGCUCAACUCGUGGCCAUGAAUGAACAGUGCAAGGUUAUGGCACUGAAUGCUUCCAACAUCUAG